GUGAAUGUGAAUGUGAAUGGGAAUGUGAAUGAGAGAGAAAAAUAAAAGAGGGGGGGGGGGGGGGAGCUAAGCUAAAGUUGGGUGACGGCAGCGCAGUGCGUGCAGAGUGGGUGGUGGAUGGUGGUGGCGGUGCGGUGGAGGUGGUGGUGGUGGUGAUGGGAUGGAGUGGGUGACAAACCCACGUGAGUGACCACCACCGUCGGUGGAGAUUGACACACAUGCAUAUGGCUCAAUUGCUUGGCUUCAUAUCAACGCUAACUGCCAAAACUCCCCACCCCCCAAAAAAAUUAAAAAACAACAGAAAGAAGGAAAGAAAAGCCAUCAGGCAGCACCAACACCAAAUGAACACAAAACCAACAUACAUGCCCACUCCAAAAUUUUAAAGCUAUCUAAACCCACCAACAACACAGUUUAAAUUUAUUACCCCUAUUGCCUACAUUCACUCAUUUCACUCUUGACAUUCUUCUCACCAUUCUUUGGUUCCCCACUAGCUAUCCUCUCUCCCUCUCUCUCUCUCUCUCUCUAAUGCUAGUGGUUCCUCCUUCUCUCUCUCCUCCCACUAAUGGUUCCAUUUCUCUCUCUCUCACACUCACUCUUUCAUUGUGUUGGCUUUAACAUGUUAGCAGCUAAAAACAGGUAAAAAGUUUUAAGCAUGGGGAGAGAUGGAGAAACAAUCUAACCAGCGGCAGCAGCAGCAGCAGCAGCAAGCCCAACCCCCAUCUCUCCUCCUCCCCAACCCGGCCACCUCCACCGCCGCCGCCGCCGCCAAGCACGAAGACUACUCCUCCCCCAAGAAGCCACCCCUGGGCGGCGGAGGAGGCGGUGACAGGCUGAAGAGAGACGAAUGGAGCGAAGGCGCGGUGUCCAGCCUGCUGGAGGCCUACGAAACCAAAUGGGUGCUCCGGAACCGAGCCAAGCUCAAAGGGCACGACUGGGAAGACGUCGCCCGCCACGUCUCCUCCCGCUCCAACUCCACCAAAUCCCCCAAAACCCAGACCCAAUGCAAGAACAAAAUUGAGUCCAUGAAGAAGCGCUACCGCUCCGAAUCCGCCACUGCAGACCCCUCCUCCUGGCCCCUCUUCCCCCGCCUCGACCUCUUGCUCCGCGGAACCGCUCCUCCUCUUAUUCCCACUCUUCCUCCGCCUCCUGCUCCGCCCCUUGCGGAGCCAUCCCCUGCAGCUCCGCCUCCGGUUACUGCCGUUAACCCCCCUUUGGUCUUGCUCGAACCAUCGCCGCAGCCACCACCUGCGGUGCCGCCUCCGCCUCCGCCGCCGCCGCCGCAUGGGACCGCGCAAAACUCGCAUGAGUCCGCCGGCGGUGAUCGAGUGGUACUCAAGGAAGAUGGAGAGGGAACCAAGGUAUCGAUUCAUGCAUCGGAACAAAAAAUUCCCAUGGACACCGAUAGUAGCACUCCAGCCUUGUACUGCAGCGACGUGCCGGAGAAGACGAAGGCGCAAAAGAUGAAGACGAGAAUGGAGAAGAAGCGGCGGAGGAGCAGGCCAGAAGAGGAUAGUAGUUCGUGGGAGAUCGCGGAGAGCAUCCGGUGGCUAGCCGAGGUGGUGGUGAGGUCGGAGCAAGCCAGGAUGGACACCAUGCGGGAGUUGGAGAGGAUGAGAAUUGAAGCCGAGGCCAAGAGAGCAGAGAUGGAUCUGAAGAGAACAGAGAUUAUUGCCAAUACCCAGUUGGAGAUUGCCAGGCUCUUUGCUGCUGGUGCUGGGAAGAGUGUUGAUUCCUCACUCAGAAUUGGAAGAAACUGAUGGUCGACGAUGAGAAAAAUCAAAGUCGCAUAUAUUUAAAACAAGCAAAAUGGGCUAAUUGGUUAAAAGACUUCUGCCCUAUAUAUUGUUGGGAAAUUGAAAUAACGUUGUAUCUACCUCAUUGUAAUGUUCUUCUCUUUCACAGAGAGAGCAGUGUUCACAAUUAAUCUUAUUACCACUUCUCUUAAUUUGUUCAA